UCCGGGAUGUUAUCGGCCUCAGCUGUUGCCGUGACGCCGGCACAGAGCUCACACCUGAAGGAAAGCCUCAGUUCCCAUCUGUGGGUGGUCUGAGAACCGCGCGACGGCUCUGCAGAAGGUCUGUGACGCAGAGAAAUGACGUGUCGGUGAUAUGACGUGCGGUGAGUGAUGUGGAGAGAGUAAGGUGAUGUUAGUGGCUGAAGACGAACAGGAUUUCCGUUGAACGACGGACUGAACGUUCUUGAAACGAGAGCCUGUGCGAUUUCUUCAAGAAAGGACGAGGAAUUAUGCCAUGGACGCUGAAGUGUUUUCGAGAUGACCGGAAGUAAUUGAUACAUAGCUGUUUUAAGACAGUUGGCAUCCUCUUGAUGGAUUUUACAAGCUGUAUCACCGAAGUGCUUCUUAGAGAAAAGCAUUAUCUUGCUUGCCGGGACUGAUUCUCAACGAACGAGAGCAUCGUGAAAAUUUUGAAACAUUGAUGGGAGAAAAAGUUAUCAGUGCCCUUGACGACACACCUACUCGCAACUGAAAUCAAGUGACAAGACUGGCAAAAAACUGCACACACCGAAGCAUAUUGAAGGAGCAAAGAAAUCUCAUUUCUCAAACCACGUCUGUUGCGGACGAACAUAUGCUCGUCAGCCAAAAUGGUACGCGGCCGGCUGCUGAUAGGCUGUUUGCUGGUUCCGAUAUUCGUCACAACCCUUGUACUGUUUGUACUGAUAAGAAGGACCACCUUCUAUCGUGAACGAGCCAUUGCAGCCAAAGGUGACCACGAAUCACCAUAUUAUAAAGAGCUGCAAGAACCUUCUUCUUCUUCUUCGGCGCCAGUGCCGCUUCUGUCUACAGAACAAUACAUGAGAUUAUCGAACAUCGGACACUCAAAGGAAGCAUUUCCAGGCUUCAGUGGAGACAUCGAGCCGUCGCAGUACCCAUGGAUCCAGCUCCACUAUGGUCACUACCGGCGACACCUGCUGGAGGCUGGCUACGGGUGGGUCAGCCGACCGAUAGCCGCGGGGUACGAGGCCACUGAGAUUCAGCGAGUGGUCCACGAAGCUUCCAUGGUGCUACCGAAGUCGCACGGAGCUGCCGGUACCGACUGUAUCGGCGGCCGCCUGCGCUAUCUGCCAGGUCUAGGAGUCGAGUAUGAGGUGUACCUCCGGGAUCGAGCGGCACGGAACUUCGGGGAUGUGUCCCCAUAUGACGACGAGUUGACCUCGGAAGAGAUCAGCUCUAAGCCAGUGCUGACCCACCACAAAGUGCUCCUGCAGCGACCGAUGGGAGAGCUCGAAGUGGAGUACGUUGGCAGGACUUCCAGCCAGCUAGUGCACAUUAUCCUGCCCUACUACAACCGACUGGAGGCGCUGGAGAGGUUCCUGUCGCGCUUCGUUCAGAUGGCGCAGAAGCCGCAGCCGCUAGCACUCACUAUCGUCCGGUUUUCCAGUGGCUUUCCGAGGAUGGACGCAGAUGAGGAGGAAAACGACCGACAAAGAGUUGAUAAGCUGGUGGCAAACGCCGCGCGGGAGCUGGGAGGCGCGUUCGUUCCUCCGGUGAGACUCCUGGAGGCCGACGGGAUGUUCUCAGCCGGGAGAGGCUGGCUGACAGCCACGGAGGCGACUGUAGAAGACGGGAUCGUGAUGCUGGCCCAUGUCGAUCUGCUGUUUGGGGAAAGUUUCCUGCAGCGAUGUCGAGCGAACACAGAGUCCGGCCGGAGGGCCUACUACCCAAUUACGUUCAGCACCUACAACCCGCGCGUGGUGUACGGCGUGUUCAAGAGGAAGGUGCGCUCGGUGGUGGAAAACUAUGACAGCGGGCGGCUGCACCAGCCCGAGCUUGGCUACUGGCUGGACGAGGACUACGGGGUCUCGUGUCAGCACCUGUCCGAUUUCCGCAGUUUCAGUGACCCGUUCGGCGGCAGUGUAGAUCACGAUCUGGACGUUAUGUUGUACGAGAGGUAUGUGAAGAGCAGGGUGGAUGUGAUACGAAUGCCAGACCCAGACUUGGUUCAGGUGCAUCAUAGGGUAACCUGUUUUAGGGAGAUGGGAAAGACUGAGUACAACGCGUGUCUCAAGGCCAAGGCCAUGAACGAGGCAUCUAAACUGGAGUGGGGUCUGUGGGUGUAUAAGAACCUGGGCGAUACGGACGAAAUAGAAAAGUUCUUGGAGGUAGUCAACAAAUUUGGGUUUACAGUGCCUCCGAAGGAAGGCAUUAUAGUCCCUGCCAAUGCUACCAAGGACACACAUGUAUGAGAGUUAUUCUUUUACAUCUAGUUUCAUUUUAUUUUGAAUUUAUGCUCAAUAGAUAUUAAUUUAUAGAGCUGUUUGUAGCAUACCGUCAAUGCCGUGCAUGAAGUGAAUAUAAUGUCGAUAUUUUA